AUACGUACGCAYGGCUAAACAUGUUAAAGAGUACCUGCAUCGUGCUGUCACAAUGAUUGUCCACACGGACCAGUCAUGGUUUGUAAUUACAAUCCCAAGUGAAGAUUGAAGUCAUCUUCUCUUAAAAUAUUCUUCAAACAAUGUUAUCAAAAGAUGRAGUAUGAUGAACAGCACGAUUCGAGGAUCAGUUUAAAUCUUAGCUUAUAACAAGGAUCAAGUUKUUAAAGGUGCACUGAUUGGUGAUUGCUGAUUGGUGCAGCUGUCCUUAGUGGUUUGAAUGACAGACGAACAAGAGGACUGGCCUAAAAAUGACUCUCGUGGUUCAUCUCAAGCUUCUGGAGAAGUAUCAACAACUGAACACCAGAAAAUACCAGGGAUCCCAAAGCGCUACAUCCUUGUACUUCUUUGUUUCUUUGGCCUCUUCCAAAUGUAUGCCAUCAGAACCUGCCUGAGUGUUGCCAUCGUUGCUAUGGCGACCAACCGCACGGUUAUUGAAAACGGAGUAGAAGUUAAUAAGGGACCAGAAUUUGAUUGGACAUCCGAAGUGCAAGGCAUCAUCCUUGGCUCGUUCUAUUAUGGCUACGCAGUGUUCCAGAUUCCUGCAGGCAUGUUGGCCCUUCGUUAUGGAGGCAAGCCCGUCUUUGGCUUUGCUAUCUUGAUUGCAUCAAUAUUGACAGUCGUUACGCCGCCUAUCGUGCGAUACAACUUUAAGUUGUUCAUCGUGUUAAGAAUAUUUGAAGGACUUGCUCUGGGUCUUAUAGCAGCAGCCCAUCACUGCAUAUGGGCAACUUGGUCUCCGAUGUUUGAGCGCAGUUCUCUCUUGACUAUAGCAGGAUCAGGCACUAUCGUUGGUACAAUCGUCACGAUGCCUAUCACUGGGGUUUUAUCUGAGAGUGAAGGUGGCUGGCCCUUCGCCUUUUAUUUCAUUGGUUCAUUUGGUAUAUUGUGGUUUGUAGUGUGGCAAAUUUGUAUGUACGAGACUCCAAAGGACCACCCAUGUAUAUCUAAAGAGGAGAUAGAUUAUAUAGGGAAUCCAUGGGAUAUGGACCCUGAAAAGGUUGUCAAGAUUAACAUCCCAUGGAAAGACAUUGGACUUUCUCUACCAGUCUGGGCUUGUACCUUAACCUUUCUGGUCUCAGAUUGGUGUUUUUAUACCAUGUUAAUAUGUAUUCCUUUAUACAUGAAGCAAGUUUUAAAAUGUAGCGUCGCUGAGACGGGUUUCAUCAGCGCUAUACCGUAUAUAUUAAUGGCGAUUAUAUCCCCAUCCGCGAGUCUCUUGGCAGACCAGUUGAUUACAAGAAAAGUAUAUUCCAUAGAAUUUACUAGAAAACUAUUCCAGGCUGUAGGUCUCCUCAUUAGCUCCUGCUUCGUGGUGGCAGUUGGCUAUGAAACCAGGGCUUUUAGUUCACUGGUGUUACUUACAUUAGGGAUUGGUACCUACGGUAUAGGAAGUCCAGGAGCCUCGCCAAACCUCAUCGACUUAUCGCCAAAAUAUGCUGGGCUAUUAAUGGGAAUUGCUAACACCGCGGGCUCAUUAUCAGGUUUUCUAUCGCCAGCCGUUGUUGGGAUUCUUACGACUCAUGGUACCUUGGAGGAAUGGCGUCUUGUCUUCUGGCUGACAGCUCUCAUGGCGCUUACAGGUACAUUGGUUUACACCGCGUUUGGUUCUGCACAUAAACAACCAUGGGCAGAAGAUUGACUGAGUAUUAUACGAUUUUUAAUACCACGUCGAUGAGCCUCUACGCCUGUCAAUCUGUAAGUCUUGGCUUGACAAAUAACCUUAUUUACGGUCUCAAAAGGAAUUAUAGUAUUACUUGCAAGCUAAAAAGGUUCUAGUGUUGGUAUUGAGUACUUGUCCAAUCCAGCUGGAAUGAUUCUUAUAAAGUGCAAUGUAUUGAAUUUAAUAUAUAUUUUUGUAAURCUUCUUAUCUUUGGACUUGAGCAACGGCUGGACGUAUCAUCUGCUUGGGUAGCUUAGCGGCAGAUAAUCAAAUUGUACUGUUGAUGAACGCCUGGGGAGAUUUUCUAGGAGGCAAGAAGGGAUUGAGGAAAGAACUAUCUGAAAUUCAGUUGUUGUCUAUAAUUCAGUCCCCAUGUAACAAAUGAAAAAUAAAGCCCGUUAAGUUGAAAAACGCGCUUUCAUUGGCCAGUUAAAUAGUUUUUGAACAGCCACUGAUUUGAUCUUUCGUUUAAAUUAAAUCAAUUAAGCUAGCUGUGUAUAUCAUUUUAUUAAAUAAACUAUUUUAUUYAUAUAAAGAAAAAAUUUAUUUAAGUACUACACAGUUUUAGUUAGGUUAGUGAAAUCCAUACGUAUAGGUAGCCUCCCCCUCUCUCUUAUAUCUUUUGCAUAUUAUUCAUAUAUAAUCGGCGCGAAAUAAAGCGAUAGUUUCGACUCGCUCGUAUCGCGUCAAAACACUCAGAUAUUUCUGAAUUUAGCACAAGUAAUAGCUCAAUACGUUAGCGGGCUUUUAACAGUCUAUUCGUUUUUUUUUGUUUUUUUUUKAUUCGCUUUUGCUGUUACGGGGCGAUUUUCUAAUUGGGUUUUUGAAAUAAUAUUGUCCUGGCUCCUGUUCUGAAUUCGAUCGAUUUCCAUGAAACUUCAGAUUCUUCGUAAAUAGAUUGUCAUUUCCGCCGCGUUAGUAGAAAACCUAUCGAUUGCAAGUAGUUGCGCGGCAAAAUAGGACUAAAAACUGAAGAUAAAAAAUAUGUAAUCG